AUGUCCAAUCCCUCUUUGCUCGAGAAUGGUGUUUCUCAUAAAAGAACCGCGCUUAAGGUGCACGGUGCUGCGUUGGCUUCUCUGAGCUUCCAAAGUCUUGAAGGGAUUAUAUAUAGCGACAUUGGGACUUCGCCUUUGUAUGUGCUCAACGGAAUAUGGCCCUCCUCUGGCCCUGUUCCAUCGAAGGAAGAUGUGAUUGGGGGCAUCAGUGCCAUUAUCUGGAGCCUGACCCUCCUUCCGUUGAUAAAAUAUGUUCUCAUCUCGUUGAUGUUCGGUACCACUCAAGGAGAAGGAGGGUCAUUCGCACUGUAUCAAGGUCUAUACCCUCCUGAGGAUGAGAGCGAUGGAGAUAGAACUCUUACCGGCGAAAGCUAUAUCAAGUCGUCGAAGAGCACAAGCUCCCGUCUCAAGGAAGUCCUUCGGGCACCCCUUCUGGUUUGGUGUUUACUUGGCACCGCAUUGACGAUGGCGGAUGGUGUGUUUACUCCUGCCGUCAGUGUUACUUCUGCAGUCGGGGGUAUUGCGGUAGCGAAAUCCUCUAUCGAGGCUCAGAUUGUUCCUAUUUCUAUAGCUCUUCUGGUGGUGCUCUUUUUGGCUCAGCAAUUCGGGACAGGUCGAUUGGCUUUUGCGUUCGCUCCCAUCGCGUUUCUCUGGUUUCUCCUUCUCAUCGGUACCGGAAUCUACAACAUCACCACUUAUCCUGGCAUUUUCCGCGCACUGGACCCUUCUCGAGCAGUCCUUUUAUUCGUGCGUACCCGGAACUACGAUCUCCUUGCGGGAAUUCUUCUGGCCUUGACUGGUUGCGAGGCAGUAUUCGCAAAUCUUGGACAAUUCAAUGCAGCUUCCAUCCGUAUAUCAUUCUGUUGUUUUGUAUAUCCUGGACUGGUUCUGGCAUACCUGGGACAGGGCGCCCGUCUCAUUGUUGAUGGGGAGAACGUCAUCCAGAACGCCUUUUACAAGUCUAUCCCUGGUUCCGAGAAUGGCCCCUUGUUCUGGAUCGUAUACGCGGUUGCAAUAUUAGCUACUUUCGUAGCAUCUCAAGCUUUGAUAACCGCCACGUUCAGUCUCUUCCAACAAGUCGUCAACAUGAAGAGCUUCCCCUCCAUACGCAUGCACUAUACUUCUGAAACCAUCAUGGGUCAGGUCUACAUACCCGCCGUGAAUUGGACUUUGAUGAUAAUAACCGUCAUCAUUGUGGCCGUCUUUUCCAAUCUCACAAACCUGACGAACGCGUAUGGUUUCGCAGUUGCCACUGUCAUGUUUUCGACCAGUCUUUUGCUUGCGGUUCAAAUGGUUUAUGUCAAGCGUUGGCCUAUCCUUAUUGCUAUAAGCUAUUUCCUAACCUUCGGUUUCUUUGAUGGACUCUUCUGGGGUGCCGCAUUGAAGAAAGUUCCUCAUGGGGCUUGGGUUCCGCUGAUGAUCGGCCUCAUCUUAAUGAUAUUCAUGGUGUUUUGGACAUGGUCCAAAGGUUUGGAAGAUGCUUUCGAUGGUGCUAAUCGUCAAAAUCUUCGUCAUUUCAUUUGGAGAGAGGACAAAAUUCCUAUCGGUAAGGUUAAAGAUAGCCAAGAGAUCGUAGAGCAAGUGGAGGAAGAAGAGGAAGUCAGCGAACCGACUUACUACUACCUACCGACCCAGAGCUUCUCCAGCAAAGACGAGGGCUUGGAAAUUGAGAAACGGGAACUCACCAGAAUACCAACAAUGGCCAUUUUCCACAAAUUCACUGUAAGCCGAGGAGUCCCUCAUACCUUUGUUGGCUUCAUCCGGCAAUGGCCUGCUCUGCCACAGGUUCUGGUCUUUCUCUCCGUGUCGAUGUUACCUAUUGCUCGUGUUGCGCCUGAUGAUAGAUAUGUGAUAGUCAAGACAAGAUCUCUUGAAGGCUGCUAUGGUGUGACCUAUAACAUUGGCUUUCGAGAGCAUUUCGAUGUCAACGUUGACGAACUUGUCGAAAGCCUUUGCAAUUUGGAAAUGCAACAAAAUCCUAACAAGUGCGAACAAACUAUCGCGAAGAUUAAGGCAGUAUCUUCUCAUGCGACGCACAUUGUCCCACACUACCACGUCGUGAGCAAGAAAAUCGACGCUGGAUACUUGACCUUUAUGGCCAACUGGGUUCGCCAGUACCUGAUCGAGGAGAUAUACAGACGUUUAACCACUAUGUUCCCGGAAACUGUGAACUGGAUGACCUCAGCUGAAGAAAUCAUUCAUGUUGGCAUCAAUGCUACGAUAUAG